GACAACUUCUAGAAAAUAAAUAAGCUCAUCUGUUCUCUGCUCCAAACGGAAAACAUUGUAUAAAGCAACUUUUUUAUAAGCUCUUUUUCAUAAUUUUUAAAUAAAACUAAUAGCAAAAAUGACCGACCCAGGUCAGUGGUUUAAUCAAUUGCCGCGUUUUACACGCUAUUGGCUUACCUGUACGGUAGUGCUGAGUUUACUGACCCGCUUCGAUAUAUUACCCAUGAAUUUGGUGUAUCUCCGGCGUGAUGCAGUUUUGGGACACUUUCAAUUAUGGCGUUGUGUGACAGCAUUAUUUGUAUACCCGCUGACAUCAGCAACGGGUUUCCAUUUCCUCAUCAACUGCUAUUUCAUAUCACGUUAUAUAGCACAGCUGGAGAAGGAUCAAUUCGGACGCAGUCCAGCUGAUUAUUUGUACAUGUUGCUAAUAGUCGCUUUCCUGGCGAAUGUUGGUGGCAUGUUAUUCAAUGUAUUCUUUCUUAUGGAUUUGCUGGUGGUAUCUACUACAUAUAUUUGGUGCCAGCUAAAUAAAGAUGUCAUUGUGAACUUUUGGUUUGGCACGCGUUUCAAGGCUGUCUAUUUGCCGUGGGUGUUAGCUAUAAUGGAACUGGUAUUCCAAGGAUCGAUUGCAUCAUUGAUUGGCAUACUUAUUGGGCACUUUUAUUACUUUUUCAAAUUUCAAUAUCCACAAGAGCUGGGUGGCAAUGCGUUCUUGGAGACACCGAAUUUGCUUAAACAAUAUGUGCCAGAUGUUAAUGGUGGAUUUAGUGGCUUUGGUGAGCCACCAGCGAGUCGUGCGCCUCAACGACCAGCUCCCGGAAAUGCUGUGUUCGGUAACACUUGGGGUCGGGGCAAUCAACUAGGUCGCAAUUAAAGUGUAACUGAGAAGAGGUAAUGAAGUGGAAUAUUUUAUAAUGCAAAUUCUUCAACUAAGGAGAUAUUAUUGUGUAGAAAGGCAUUAAUUUACAUAAUAAUUAUAUUUUUUUAUUUUACAUUUUGUGUAUGCGUUACCAGUUUCCCUUAAAACUGGCGACAAAAACUAAUCAUAACUGACUACUGAAACCAUUUUAGACGUCUCAUUUCUCCUGAUAUUAUGAUGGUGUUUAUGAAUUUAACACAACGCAGUAUAAUAUACAUAUACCUUAAUUAUAUAAAAAUUAGUCUAGAUUUUGGUAUGUAUUCAAUAUUCACAAAACGUUUUGUGAUGGUAAUAGCUUUGUAAAUAAUUUAAUAAAAAAGAACAAAUCUAUUAUAAUAA